CGAAGAAGAAGAAGAAGAAGAAGAAGAAGAAGAAGAAGAAGAAGAAGAAGAAGAAGAAGAAGAAGAAGAAGAAGAAGAAGAAGAAGAAGAAGAAGAAGAAGAAGAAGAAGAAGAAAUAAAGAUAACAGAAUCUACAUAGAAUCUAAUUAAUCCUGGUCUGAAAUGGAAACUGACAUCAAGAUGAAUGAGAGUAUCAAGAAGGUCAGCAAGACUGAGGCAAAUAACCACAAAGAAGCCACCACAACCAAUCCAGAAAGUGAAAUGAAAGGCCCUAAGAAGCUAGCAUCAACCUGUUUCAUGUCCAAACUGAAGAUAUUUUUGGUAGCAUUAUAUUUUGCCUAUCUGGCCAAGACCAUGACUGGAGCUUACAUAAACAGCAUGCUGACCCAGAUCGAAAGGCGAUUCAACAUUCCUGCCUCGCUGGUUGGAGUUAUCAAUGGAAGCUUUGAAAUGGGUGACCUGUUGGUGAUUGUCUUUGUGAGCUACUUGGGAGCAAAACUUCACAGGCCGCGCCUGAUUGCUCUUGGAUGUGCAGCCAUGGGUUUGGGGUGUUUUUUGAUAGCACUGCCUCAUUUCUUGAUGGGGAGGUACCAAUAUGAAAACACUGUUUCCUCUUCUGAAAAUUCUUCUUCGAGUAUGGCUGUUUGCCUUGCAAAUCAAAGUGAAAUGUUCAAGUCUGCCAAACUACCUUCAAAAGAAUGUGAAAAACAAGAUGGAUCUUUAAUGUGGGUAUCUGUGAUGGUAGGAAACAUCAUACGAGGAGUAGGCGAAACUCCCAUCACACCUUUGGGCAUUUCCUAUGUAGAAGAUUUUGCAAGGACAGAAAAUUCUCCAUUCUACAUAGGCUGUCUACAGAUAGCAACUGUACUAGGUCCUUUAUUUGGUUUAAUGAUUGGCUCCUACUGUGCCCAACUGUACGUGGAUAUUGGAUUCAUAAACCUGGAGGAGGUGUUGAUAAGCCUCACGGAUGCUCGCUGGGUCGGGGCUUGGUGGCUGGGAGUCUUAGUAUGUGCCGUUGUGAAUCUCCUGGUGGCCGUCCCUUUCUGCUUUUUGCCCAAGACCCUGAUAAAAGAAGGGGAGGAGAACAACGUUGAUGCAACAGCCAAGAGAAACAAAUCACUCUUGCAAGCAGAAAACACUGGCCAGGCCAAAAUGAAAUUGCGUGAAAUUGCCAAGGAUUUUGUCCCCUACCUGAAAAGUCUCUUUCACAAUCGGGUUUACAUGCUUUUCCUUUGGGUCACUGUGAUGCAAUUCAGUGCUUGGAUUGGAAUGAUUACUUUUAUGCCAAAGUACCUGGAGCAGCAGUAUGGAAUAUCUGCCUCUGAUGCCAUUUUCUUCAUAGGUGUGUACAAUUUACCAAUUAUAUGUGCUGGAUAUUUUUUUGGAGGCCUGAUGAUGAAAAAGUUCAAGAUAAGCACGUAUCAAGCUGCCCACAUAGGUUUUUGGAGUUCCUUGAUUGAGUAUCUCAUCUAUUUUUCUGCCUUUUCCAUGUUCUGCAAGAACUCUUCUGUUGCUGGUUUAACUGUCUCUUAUGAAGGGAUAGAUGAACUCUCCUACACAGAAUCAUACUUGUAUGCUGACUGUAACCGCCACUGCAAUUGCUCCACCAAAGUUUGGGACCCUGUUUGCGGGGAGAACGGAAUUACGUAUGUUUCAUCAUGUCUUGCUGGAUGUGGCAUAUCAAACAGAACUGGUAAAAAUACGGUUCUUACAAACUGCUCCUGCAUUUCAGCACCAGGAUUUCUAUUGGGAAAUGGCUCAGCAGUGCCAGGACAGUGCAGCAGAGGGGAGAAAUGUGACACAAUGCUGCAUUAUUUUUUAAUUUUAUCCUUAAUUUGCUGUUUAAUUUAUUCUUUUGGAGCCAUGCCAGGUUACAUGGUUCUAAUAAGGUCCCUAAAGCCUGAGGAGAAGUCAUUUGGGGUUGGCCUCCACUCCCUGACAGAAAGACUUUUUGCUGGAAUCCCAUCACCUAUUUAUUUUGGAGCUAUGAUUGACACCACCUGUUUGAAAUGGGGAACAAAGACAUGUGGUGGGAAAGGGGCAUGUCGGAUGUAUGAUUCUGACACAUACAGGCUGUUGUACCUGGGCUUGCCAUCAGUUCUCCGUGGAGUGUCCUACAUCCCUUGUGUGUUUAUACUCCUCAUUUUAAGGAAACAAGCCAAGAACCAGGCAAGGGAGAACCUAGAGUUGGAAGCCAAAGAAGAGGAAAGAGAAGAAAUUGAGCAGAAGGAUAUAGCUGCUUUUCAGAAAUGUGUAGAGCCACAGCAAGAGACGGUAGAAACAACAGCUUAUGAAAAUGUGGACUUCAGAAAAGACGGAUGACAAAAAUCUGUAUCCCAAAGAAAUGAGCUGUAGGCUGUCAUAAUGUAUUUGUCUCUCCUAUAACAGAAUUUGAAGAAAACACAAGUUUUAUACACCGGACAAUAGUGGGCAACUAAAAUUGAUACAUUUCUACUGUUAAGGUUGUAAGAAAUACAUAACGUCUAAUACAAUGUUCUGACCUGUU